GCUCGAGAGUAAAUACUCAAAUAAUAAAUACAUUUUCUGAAUACUCCACCUGAACCCUAGGAAUUAAAAAUGUUCUAUAAAUUGUAGCAUUCAAUAGUCAAAAGGCGUCACACUAUUUGACCUUAAAAUAGUCGAUAAAAAAUAGAGAUUUCAUGACUGUGGCAUAAUGAAGAGCUUAGAGCACUGUCGUUCGCCCGUGUUAUCAAAGUUCGGCGUACAAUCGGUGCCACUAGUCACUGAUAUUGAUUAUUGAUAAAGAGCAAUAGUUUAUAGGCCUGCUGGUGUGGGUGUUGUCUGUUGGCGUUGACUAAUAGUCGUGACACUGGUGAGUAAUAGUGUUCUGUGACUCAGUUGCUUUCAAGUCGCUGCCCAGACUUCAGAGCGGUGAUUCUGCUCGAGGAUAUAAUUGGACAUAACCUCAUGAUGUUGGAUUUAAAUGGAGUAUCUUUGGGAGAACGUCAAGCAGAACUAAAUUAUAAAGUCGCAGAAGCAGUUAAAAAUAAAAUAAACUUUAAAGAUCUAGAAGCUCUAGAAGAAAAUUCCGAUGUCGACAAAUUGUACAAGAUAGACAUCGCGUCUAAACUAAAGAGAAUUCAUUAUAUUCAAGGAGUGUUAAAAUGUGGCGAUAGUUUGUAUGUGUCAAGAGCACUAAAGUACGAUUUUAUUUAUGGUGAUGAAUUCUCGGCGAUCAUCAAUCCAGAUAAUUUGAAUCAAGAAAUAUUUCCUUAUAUGUCUCUACGGAUGAAAAAAAAGCUUUUGGAAAAUGUAGCAUCUCGCGUUCGUAAUCAAACAAGGCUUCAAUCUUUCUUUGAAUAUUGCAUGAAAAUAAGAAUGUUUAAUUUGGCCUUUAAAUUUUCCAUAUGUUUAAGUGAGUUAACCAAACUGUAUAUUUUAAAUACUAAUUUCGAUUUCAUUAAGAAUCAAAAAAAUUGUCAACUAUUUAUUGGCGAUUCUUUUAUUUUAGCCUUGGCUUAUAUUUUGAAACUGGACAUUGUAAGCCAAGACAUUGUUAUGAAAUUUUCUAAUCUUUUCUUGGUAGACGCUGAGAAAUACUUAGAUAUGAUUGAGAAGCAUUACCAUAAAAAUGCUAGUACAAGAUUUGGUGCGAGAGUAUCAAAAAGUAUUAUGACCAAGCAUAAGGACAGAGUGCUAAGAAACCCUUUCGUUUACAUACAUAUAUUACACAAGAAAGUGUUGGCUCAUCACAGUACAAGCGAAGACGCUAAGAGUUAUAUAAGGGAUUUGUUACCCGAUCACGUUGACGACUUUUGGCUUAGCAAUAUUUAUAGUACAUACAAAUAUAUAUUUGACCUAAUUCCAAAAUCUGAAAUAUUUCAAUUUUAUAAAAGUGCAUUUACAAAUAAAUAUGAAACCGAUUUCUUUGAAAUGAAUGUACAGUUUUACUAUUUAAAUUAUUUUGAAUUUUUAAGCCAAGAGGAAAGGGAAAAUAUAGCACUUAAACAUAUAGAGGCAGGUGAAGAAUUAUUAGGUGAAAAUUAUGAUUUCAUCUGGUAUAAAUUUGUUGAUUACGAAGUGGCGUUUCCAGCAAUCAAGAAAUGUUUAUUGGUUACAAAUGAUUCGAGUAUUAGAAAUGAUAUGUUUAAAACUUUGGUGAAUUCUGCUAGAAAUCAACGACACCUAGAAAAUCUAUUUAUAUACUACUACGAGCGACAUGUGAAUGAACCUGAAUAUUAUAAAGAUGUUUUUAUAGAUACCGUUGCUGACAAUAAAAAUAUUUUUGAGUUUGAUGAAGGGUGUUGGACAGCUUUCAACAAAAUACUGUAUAGUAUCGAAGUUUAUACGCCCGGAUGUAAUAAACGCGAUAGGUUUAGGGCGUUUUGUAUUAUAUACCAUAUAAUUAAUGAUAUCGAAAUGCCAGAAGCAUUGAUAUAUUACAUCCUUCACGAUUUCAAUUCGUAUGAAUUUUUAAAACAUCGUGAUAAGUUAACUGAUGCGCAGUGGUUACAAAUAUACGAUAAUAUGUACGAAGUUCAUCAUAAACAUAUGAAUGAAAUAAAUGAACGUCUUAUAACCGGUGCUGGUGAUACUCAAAUAAAAAAUGAAAUGCUAGAACAGAUACGUAAAUUUCUCUCACUUCUUGAAUUUUUCAAAAAAUCCAUGAAUGAUAUUCCAAAAAAUAUUUUGAAUUUUAUAACGUCAAAUAUAGAUUACUUUCAGUAUUGUGAUUUUUUCAGAAAAGAUGUAAAAGAAGAAAAAAUAACAGAAAGUUUAUUAUUGCGCCUAUUGAAAAAGGAUAAACGGUUACUUAUACUUGACAAAACAAGGAAGAACAAAAUAUUUGAUAAAAUGAACGAUGACAUAGGUUUAAGACUAAACAGGUUUGCUAUGGUUUUAAAGAUUUAUUUUUCAAAUGAUGCGAUUGCCAAAGAAUUUCUAGAAUUCUUCCAAAGUUGUAUAGGCAAGGCCACAUACGAUUACAAAUAUUACAGAGUGAUAAAAACUGCCGUAUGCAGUUUAUUUCAAUUAGCAGAUGAAGAUUAUAAAGUUAACUUAAUGUCGAAAUAUGCACCAAUUGAAGCAAAGAUUGACCAUAAAAAUAUCGGAAGAGAUGUAUUGAGUAUUCAAGAAGCCAUCUGUCGUCAUGCAGGUUAUUCACGUCCACCAGUACCUUUAUCAAGUAUACUUCAAUACAUUAAAGGAGACUAUGUUCAUUUUUGUCUUCCAAUAUUCAACAUGUACUUAGCUGACUUACCUUUGCCAAAAGCGAUGCAAUUUAUUGAAGCUGUAUUGAACGCUCCGGUAUCUAUACAAAAGCAUGGGAUUCGAUUAGCCUUCAAAAUGUUCAGUACAGAAAAGUUGGAAAAACUUGUAAGAGACAUAUGGAAUAAAUCAAAAAAUGUAUCUAUAAGAAUGAUUAUUUAUAAAGACCUUUUUGCAAAAGUAAAGAACACCGAGGGUGAUGAUCAAAAACAACUAUUUGAAAUAUUAAAAACCUUCACAAAGACAUUGCACGAAGAUGAUCAAGAAGAAGUGUUUAAAUUGAUUAAGUCAAAUGAGAUGCCUGAACAAUUCAGGGCAGAAUAUUUAAAUGCUGCCUGGUUUGCAAUUAAAUUGUUCUCUUUUAAAAAGAAUUUUAACAUGAGACGUAAGAUUAUGAUAGUGCAAACAAUAGAAAAUAACAUUGCUCUCAUAGAAAAAAAAUAUAUACGAACGGAAAUAAUAGACGAAUUUGUGAAAGAAAUGUUAGAUGAAGAUGGUUUAGCUCAAGAGUACAAGCCAAGAGAAUACGAGUUAAACGCCGCUAUGUGGUCUUUAAUUGAAACAUUUAUAUUCUUUGUAAGAAACGAAGAAGAUCUAAGUGAUUCCCAGGAAUUAUUAAAAACGAUUACUGCAAGUUGUCAAAAAUCUUGGGACCGAAUUCACGAAGACAAAUAUAUACUACGGGAAUUUCUUUGCACAUUCCUAAACAAAAAUAAAAGUAAAUGCUGCGAUGGUUGUGAUGUAUUAGUCAAUCAAAUUAAUACAAAGUCAUUGCUGGAGCUGUGCUUACAGAGUUUGCAAAAAUUGUGCCCACUACAAGAGGUCUACCUGAAUGUUUUGGGAUUGAAACUAAAUAUAGCUACUAGAAAAGUUUUAAGCUACUCUUUAACUGAUUUGGAUGAAAUUGCGAGACUUUUUAUCAAAGAGGUGUUACCUAUAUUAAAUGGUAUGAUUAACAGAAAUAUAUUUUGCAAAAUAUUCAUUUCUAAGAUAUCUAGCGAAAUAAACAGUUGUAUAUGUGUCAUGGCCUCAUAUCAUAAUAAUUGGGAUGCUCCAGAUAUCCUUACAAUACAUGUAUGCUCUGAGUUAUUAGGUGUUAAUAAAAGUACAUCUCUUCUGGCAUUAACUUUGAUGCCUACUGAUGCAUAUACCGACCAUACAAGAGGUCUUAUGAAAUGUUUUCUUGAUGAUCUCAAGAAAAUUAAUGACUUUGAGGUUCAAAGUUACUACUAUGAUAAAUUUUAUGCAUCAUCAUAUAGUGUUGGAUAUUUUGUACAGUUUAAUGAGGAUGAAAACAAAACAUUUGAUUGUACUGCCAAUGAAAAUGAAGAACCAAGAGUUGAAAAAUAAAUAAAAAUAUUACAUUACUAAAUUAUAUUAUGUUAAAAAGUUACAUGUUUGUUUGUUAACUUAUAUUCUUUAAAUGCCUUUUAAAAUUAUCAUUUUUUAUAGAAGCGAAUGUUUAAAAAACAUGACUGUCGGUAGCUUUAACUUUCUUUUGAAUGUCGCUUUCCCUGUUGUUCCUUUUUUACAUUUUAAAAGUUUUUCUAUUUGAAAGGGCUUGUUGAAGUUAUUUCUGUUUAGUUGGGAAUAUUAAAGCCUAAUUUGUA